UUCCUGCCUUUUUCUCUUCAAAUCUAGUUUAAAUUUCUUUCUUUUCAUCAAGAUUUUUUGCACUAAAAUGGCUUCUUCCAUUUUCUCUCUUUCUUUUGUACUCAUUUUCUCUUUGUACAUCAGCUUAGCUUCUGCUGCAACUGCUCCAAUUGUUCCAUAUCUUGAUGGUCUACUGGAAAAUGGCGAUUUCGAAGAAGGGCCAAAGCCAUCAGAACUAAAGAAAACAGUGAUCAUUGGCAAAUACUCCUUGCCUGAAUGGGAAAUCAGUGGUGUAGUGGAGUGGGUAUCAGGUGGGCCCCAGGAAGGGGGGUUCUACUUCCCGAUACCUCGUGGGGCCCACGCGAUCCGACUUGGGAAUGAGGCUUCCAUCUCUCAGUAUGUAGAGGUGAAGCCAAACACUGCAUACUCACUCACAUUUGGAGCCACUAGGACUUGUGCUCAAGAUGAGGUCCUUACCCUCUCGGCUGGAGACACGUCUAGUGAUCUUCCUAUUCAGACAUUGUACAGUGCUGAUGGUGGUGACACUUAUGCUUGGGCUUUCAAAACAACAUCUAAUUAUGUUGAGGUCAAAUUUCACAAUCCUGGUAUGCAAGAAGAUCCAGCUUGUGGACCAAUUCUAGACCAUAUUGCAAUCAAGGAAUUGCCUAUGGCUACAUAUACUAAAGGUAAGCCUACAAUACAUUGAUAAUUUGUACCAUAUGGCCUUUUCUGAGAGUGGUCUCCUUAGUGAUGGUUCAAGCAUGUAAAGAGGAGGAUGUGUGGAUGCCCUGGUAAAGAGGUACGAGAGGUUGGUCGUAGAGGGGUAGAGGUAGGCCUAAGAAUUAUUGAGGUGAGGUGGUUAGGUAGGACAAUAUGGAGCAGCUUCAGCUCACCGAGGAUAUGAGUGUGGAGGUCGAGAAUUAGGAUAGAAGGUUAGUAGGU